AUAGGUAAACGUGUGGACUUUUCUGCUAGAACUGUUAUCACUGCUGAUCCAAAUCUACCGAUUGACACUGUUGGUGUGCCGCGAACGAUCGCGCAGAAUUUGACGUUUCCUGAAAUUGUUACACCAUUUAAUAUUGACAAAUUGCAGGAGCUUGUAAAUCGAGGCGAUUCUCAAUAUCCAGGAGCUAAGUACAUAAUACGUGAAAAUGGGGCUCGUGUUGAUUUGCGAUAUCAUCCUCGGGCGGCAGAUCUCCAUCUACAGCCUGGCUACAGAGUCGAGCGACAUAUGCGUGAUGGUGAUGUUAUUGUUUUCAAUCGACAACCAACUCUGCACAAAAUGUCUAUGAUGGGUCACAGAGUGAAGAUUCUUCCAUGGUCUACGUUUCGCAUGAAUCUCUCUGUCACCACUCCGUACAAUGCAGAUUUUGAUGGUGAUGAAAUGAACCUCCAUUUGCCACAGUCGUUGGAAACCAGGGCAGAAAUUGAAGAAAUUGCGAUGGUGCCAAGACAAUUGAUUACUCCACAAUCUAAUAAGCCUGUAAUGGGUAUCGUGCAAGAUACUCUUUGUGCUGUUCGUAUGAUGACGAAGAGGGACGUGUAUAUUGACUAUCCGCGGAUGAUGGAUCUUUUGAUGCAUUUGCCAUCGUGGGAAGGCAAAGUUCCGCAACCUGCAAUUAUGAAGCCUAAACCUCUGUGGACAGGCAAACAGCUCUUUUCUUUGAUCAUCCCUGGCAAUGUGAAUGUUUUGAGAACACACAGUACCCAUCCUGACGAUGAAGACAGUGGUCCAUAUAGAUGGAUUUCUCCAGGUGAUACAAAGGUUCUUGUUGAACAUGGGGAGUUGAUCUCGGGCAUAGUUUGUUCCAGAACCGUGGGAAGGUCCGCGGGUAAUUUACUGCAUGUUGUCGCUUUGGAAUUGGGACAUGAGGUAGCUGCAAAAUUCUACUCUAAUAUUCAAACAGUUGUUAACGCAUGGUUGAUCGGAGAGGGUCACACAAUUGGAAUCGGUGAUACUAUUGCGGACCAAGCAACUUACCGCGACAUUCAGGACACGAUUAGGAAGGCCAAAUUAGAUGUUAUUGAUGUCAUCGAAAAGGCUCACAAUGAUGAUUUGGAACCUACUCCUGGUAACACUUUGCGGCAGACAUUUGAAAACAAAGUAAACAGAAUUUUGAAUGAUGCUCGUGACAGGACCGGCAGUUCUGCCCAAAAAUCUCUUUCUGAAUUCAACAAUUUCAAGUCGAUGGUUGUUUCUGGGUCAAAGGGUUCUAAAAUCAACAUUUCUCAGGUUAUUGCUUGUGUGGGUCAACAGAACGUUGAGGGUAAGCGCAUUCCUUUCGGAUUCCGUCAUCGGACGUUACCGCAUUUUAUCAAAGAUGAUUAUGGACCGGAAUCAAAAGGAUUCGUCGAAAAUUCUUAUCUUGCUGGUUUAACACCUGCUGAGUUUUUCUUUCACGCUAUGGGAGGUCGUGAAGGUUUAAUUGACACUGCCGUCAAGACCGCUGAAACUGGGUACAUCCAACGUCGAUUAAUCAAAGCUAUGGAAAGUGUUAUGGUUAACUAUGACGGAACAGUUCGAAAUUCAUUGGCACAGAUGAUCCAGCUCAGAUAUGGUGAGGACGGCUUAGAUGGUAUGUGGGUAGAGAACCAGAGUAUGCCAACGAUGAAACCUACUAACAUGUUAUUUGAAAGGGAUUUCAAGAAUGAUCUAUCCGAUGAAAAAACAUUGCGGAAGUUUUAUACCGAAGAUCUACUAGAAGCUGAGUUUCAACAACUAGAGGAAGAUCGUCUUCUACUUCGGAAGAUUUUUCCAACUGGUGAUGCUAAAAUUGUUCUUCCUUGUAAUCUUCAACGGCUUAUUUGGAAUGCUCAAAAAAUUUUCCACGUGGAAACUCGUAAAGUAUCAAAUCUUAGUCCACUUCACGUCGUUGAUGGCGUGCGGAAGCUUUCAAAAAGACUCAUAAUUGUUUCUGGCGAGGACAAAAUUUCUAAGCAGGCUCAGUAUAAUGCCACGUUAUUGAUGAAUAUUCUAAUUCGUUCAACUCUGUGUUCAAAGAAAAUGGCAUCGACCCACAAACUAAAUAUGGAAGCAUUUGACUGGCUGAUAGGAGAGAUCGAGACCCGAUUCCAACAAGCUAUUGCACAGCCCGGUGAAAUGGUUGGCGCACUUGCAGCUCAGUCGCUUGGAGAACCUGCUACUCAAAUGACACUUAAUACUUUUCAUUACGCUGGUGUAUCUGCAAAGAACGUAACACUUGGAGUUCCGCGUCUUAAAGAGAUCAUAAACGUGUCAAAACAGCUGAAAACACCCUCACUGACGGUGUUCCUUCAAGGUGCAGCAGCCAAAGAUGCAGAGAAAGCUAAAGAUGUGCUUUGCAGAUUGGAGCAUACGACAUUAAAGAAGGUCGUCUCAAACACCGCCAUUUACUAUGAUCCAGACCCAAAGAAUACAUGCAUCGAGGAAGACGAGGAGUGGGUCAGCCUUUUCUAUGAGAUGGCUGACUUUGAUCCCAGUCGGGCUUCUCCAUGGGUUCUCCGAUUAGAACUUGACAGAAAAAGAAUGACCGAUAAAAAACUAAGCAUGGAACACAUAGCGGACAAAAUUCAACAAGGAUUCGGCGAUGAUCUCAAUGUGAUCUAUACCGAUGAUAACGCCGAUAAACUAGUUUUUCGUCUUCGUAUUACCAACCAACCUUCGGAUAAAAAUGCAGAAAUUGAACAAGUGGACAAGAUGGAAGAUGACGUGUUCUUACUUUAUAUGCACAAACCUACGACUGAUGACAAGAAGCGUGUUGUAAUUACUCCAGAAGGAGGGUUCAAAGCUAUUUCUGAGUGGCUUCUUGAGACCGAUGGUACUGCGCUUUUAAAGGUUUUGUCAGAGCAACAUAUCGAUCCUGUCCGCACGACUUCCAAUGAUAUUUGUGAAAUUUUCGAGGUGUUGGGUAUAGAAGCCGUUCGUAAGGCUAUUGAACGUGAAAUGAACAACGUCAUUUCCUUUGAUGGGUCGUACACAGUUGAUAUUCUUAUGGAGGCUGCUGUGCAUGCUGAAACAGAUCCCGUUAAAGGAGUUUCUGAGAAUAUCAUGCUCGGUCAGCUUGCAAAAGCAGGGACUGGUGCAUUUGAUCUUGUUUUAGAUGCGGAAAAAUGCAAAUAUGGUAUUGAGGUGUCAACUAUGUUGGGCGCGUAUGGAAGUGUUGGUCAGUUCGGUGCUGCACAUAGUCCAGCUUCGUCUUCAAUGUCCCCUGUGCAGACUCCAUGGAAUGGUGGAAUGACUCCUGGGUACGGUGCUGCAUGGUCACCUAUCGGGAGUGGAAUGACACCGGGGGCUGCUGGAUUUUCACCUUCAGGUCUCUCAGAAAAUGGAAUGUCUCCCGGAUAUGGCGGUGAGGGAGGUUGGUCACCAACGUCUCCCGGAGAUCCCUUAGGGGGAAUGUCUCCAUUGGGAGCUACUCCUCGUUAUGGUGGAGCUAUGUCGCCUGGUUAUUCUCCUACGAGUCCAGGUACUUUUGGUGCCCAGAGUCCAGGCUAUUCACCGACCAGCCCACAUUAUUCUCCAACAUCGCCUUCGUAUUCUCCAACGUCGCCGAGUUACAGUCCGACAAGUCCAAGUACUUUAUUUCGAUACUUCGAUAUUAAAAGUUAUUCACCGACGUCUCCUUCUUAUUCUCCGACGUCACCUUCAUAUUCGCCUACGUCUCCCAGCUACAGUCCGACUAGCCCUAGUUACUCCCCAACCUCCCCGUCGUACUCACCAACAAGUCCAGGAUAUUCACCAAGUAGUCCGCGUUACUCGCCGACAUCACCAACAUAUAGUCCUACUAGUCCUACCUAUUCACCAACGUCGCCUACAUAUUCGCCAACAUCACCAACGUACAGCCCAACAAGUCCUAGCUAUGGAGGCAGUGGUUACAGUCCAUCGAGUCCUCGUAUACGCCAUCUUCUCCAUAUUCUCCCAAUUACGAUCCAGACAAUUACAAUUGAUGUCUUCGAGAUUUAUCAGAUUCAACAUUUUCCGCGCGAUCCAGCAUUCCAUUACUACUUUGAAGUGUUUGUGUGCCAUGUAAAUUUUUGUAAAGUGUAUCUACUGAACUCAUGUAUGUUUUUCUGUUUCUUCUAA